AUGCCAUCACCUCAGAAUGUGCGCCGAAUGGUUCUUGCCGGGGCCGUCACAUCUAUCACUAUUGCCGGUACUUUGUACGGGGCAGGCAUAAAAACGAAAGAGGAGAUUGCGCAGGAAACUAAGAAGCGCCAAGAGGCAACUUUCGAUGAACAAAUGACGGCACUACAAAACAUGCGCUCAAACUUGACGGCUCGGAGAGGAAUGAUCGAAACUCAGAUCCGAGACCUGGAUACUAGGGUGCAAGAAAAGAAAGAAAGGAAUCCAACCAAUGGCGAUGGAGUAUGA